AUUUGUCUUAGAAAAAUCUUCAUGAUAACUGAAGUUUUUAAGAUAUUUAGGUUAAAAUACAUUAAGGAUAAUUACAUGUUAGGGACUUUCAACUCACUUUGACAUAUCCACUGUAUUUACAUAUUUAUGUUAUACAUAUUUUAUUACAGUUGUUGUACCCAAAAUUAUUUUCUUCAUUCCUUUAGAACAUAGAAGGAUCAAAGGUCACCUUCGUGAAUGGCCAGUCGGCAGAAUUUGAUGUCAUUGUGAUGUGUACAGGAUACAAGAUUAAUCUCCCUUUUUUGAGUGAGGACCUAAAGAACACUAUCUUGGAUGAAAACACAAACUCAAUCAAACUGUACAAAAAUGUCUUCCAUCCAGAGAUUGGCCACUCUCUAGCCUUCAUUGGCUUUACACAGCCAGCUUCAGGGGGACUUCUUUCAAUGUCCGAAAUCCAGGCCAGGUGGUUCACGGAGCUAUGUAGGGGGCGCUGUAGUCUACCCACAAAACUCACUAUGAACGAAAACAUAAAAGAAGAGGAGGAGAUGGUGAAGUCCAGGUACUAUCAUUCCAACAGACACACGAUACAGAGGGACCCCAUACUGUACAAUGAUGAAAUAGCCGCCAUGUUUGGAGCCAAACCUGAGCUCCUGAAGAAUCCAUCUCUGGCAUGGAGAUUAUUGCUUGGAUCCUGCGGCACAUACCAGUGGCGACUCCAGGGACCGAACGCUUGGAAAGGUGCCAAGGAUGCAGUGCUGAAAGUCCCAGUUCCGGAAAUGUGGCAGUAUACAGGAGUUAUUGUGCUGGUGCUACUGGGAAUAUGUCUGCUAUACAUUCUGUCUUUCUUGUUCUAACUUUUGAACAUACCGGUGAAUUUAUGACUGAAUGUGUCUGCAGAGCCAUUGUCAAUGAAACAUUCCUUGUGAUAGACUGUGAUAAACAUGAUGUGCA